CCUGGGGCUCAGCGCAGCCCUGCUGCUGGCUGCCAGACAUCGUCUGUCCUCUCCCUGAGACAAAGGUGCUCGGCUGGGCUUGUGGGAAAACUGGCACUUAACGAGAUCAUCAUGGAUAAAUACAUGAAGCGUCUAGCAAAGUUCGACCCCGACAACACCGGCUACAUCAGCACUGAGAAGUUUCGCACCCUUCUCCAGAGACACGGCUCGGAGUUGGACCCCCACAAGCUGGAGGUCUUGCUGGCCCUGGCAGACAGCAACUCUGAGGGGAGGAUCUGCUACCAGGACUUCGUCAACCUGAUGAGCAACAAAAGGUCGAAUAGUUUCCGCCAAGCCAUCCUUCAGGGGAACAGGAGGCUGUGCAGCAAGGCGCUGCUGGAGGAAACGGGGCUGAGCCUUUCGCAGAGGCUGAUCCGACAUGUUGCAUACGAAACCCUGCCUCGAGAGAUAGACCGCAAGUGGUACUACGACAGCUAUACCUGCUGCCCUCCACCCUGGUUCAUGAUCACCAUCACUAUUGUAGAGGUUGCCUUUUUUCUUUACAACGGAGUGGUAUUAGACAGAUUUGUGCUGCAAGUCAGUCACCCCUUAUACCUGAAGAAUGCAUUACUUUACCAUCCUCAGCUCCGUGCUCAGGCUUGGAGGUACCUAACCUACAUAUUCAUGCAUGCAGGGAUAGAACACCUUGGACUCAAUGUUGUCCUUCAGCUCUUGGUUGGGGUUCCCCUGGAAAUGGUGCAUGGAGCUGCAAGGAUCAGCUUUGUGUACGUUGCUGGAGUUGUGGCAGGGUCCCUGGCAGUGUCAGUAGCUGAUAUGACUGCGCCUGUGGUGGGCUCCUCUGGAGGCGUGUAUGCUCUUGUCUCAGCUCACUUGGCCAAUAUAGUCAUGAACUGGUCAGGAAUGAAGUGCCAAUUCAAACUGCUGCGCAUGGCUGUUGCCUUGAUCUGUAUGAGCUUUGAAUUCGGACGAGCCGUGUGGCUGCGAUUCCACCCCUCUGCUUACCCACCCUGCCCACACCCCAGUUUCAUGGCUCACCUGGGAGGGGUGAUGGUUGGAGUCACUCUCGGUGUCAUCAUCCUGAGGAACUAUGAGCAGAGACUCCAAGAUCAGACUUUAUGGUGGAUCUUCCUUUCUAUUUAUGUCAUUUUUGUCUUGUUUGCCAUCUUCUGGAACAUUUUUGCCUACAGCCUGUUGGAUCUAAAGCUACCUCCCCCUCCUUGAAAACAUGGGACAGAAAACUCGAGAGUGGAAGUCAUCUGUCAGCUAUGUUAAAUGAAUGAAGAUGGAGGAUCUAUUUUUAUAUUUAACUUAGGGGAGGAUGAUUCUUUUGAACACAAGUGUGUGCUGGAGGAGAUGCUUAAAGGUCUCACGAAAGAAUGGGCUGAUCAGUUUGUUCACAAAUCUAGCAGGUACUGUAAUACUGGCUGGCCUGGACCCUGCAGUUUCUCCACUGCCAGGGCUCCCAUUGGGCAGCUUGUACCUGGGCACUUAUCACUUGGUUUGUUAGCACACAUCAAUAUUUUGUACAAGAUAUUUGUAUUUUCCAGAUCAGUGCUAGAAUUAUGGCCAGUUAUUGAGAGAAUCUCCUCAGUGUUACUGAACACUAAAAGGGAAAAAGAGCAGACAUUUACUCGUUAGAGACUCAGAUGGUUCUCACAAGGCAGCCUAGGUUUGGUUUCUAUGGACACACCUGACUGUUCAGCCAUACCAGUGCCACUGUCUAAUUACUUGAAUGGUUCAUAAGAUAUUUUAGCCUACAGUGAAACCUGUCUUGAGCACCUUUCAAAGAAAUCAGCAGAACUUGAUCACCCAAAGUGAUGGAGUCUGGUCUUCAACUACAGGUCAAAUGGAAUUGCACUAUAAACCUUGGGAACUCUUAGAGUGUUGUGGGCACCCAGACAGAGGUGACUUACUGUGCAUGUUUCACUUGAUGUUAAUUAUUUCUUUCCCCCAGCCUGCUGUGGCUAGAGGGCAUGCCUGGGGUUUCUUUUUUGAGGGAUGGAGAAAAGGAGGGCAAAUGUUCAAUUGUGUUUUUAUCAGCUGACAAUCAGGUGCUGUUUUCUUCUCACUUUAUUUCUGGCCAUGCUGAUCUAACACCUGACCUGCAGUGAGCUCCUAGCAAGGAUCUCAACUAUUCCAGCAGGUUCUUACUGGAAAAGUGGGACCAGGAUCACCUAUAGCAGCACAGAGUGGGAACUAGACUUUACAGCCAUAUAGUCCACUUGGGGCCAAAUCUGUCUGCUGAAGUCAGUGGGGUUAAAUCAGGUUGUAUGUAGCACUGUUUUCCCACUGAAGCGGAAAGGAUGUUACUGUGUUACAGUGAUCUUUAUGAAACUGGUAAAAGUGGGUUUAAAGUGAUGCUAAAUUUUGAGGAUGCCUCUUCCUGAGGCAAUGGAUGUUCAGGGGCUCCGAGCAAUGGAGUUAAUUGCAAUGAUGCCUUUUUCUUUAACAUUGGUCAAGCCCAGGUUUUAACAAUCUGUAACUGGCCUGUAGCACAGUCCAUACAGUUGCCUGCAUGGACCUGGGGACCAGACUGGAACACCUGUAGCACAAGCAGUACUUACAGGUACACUUCUCUGUAAGGUGUUUAUGUUAUUUUGCUUCUCACUUUAGAGAGCUGCCAAACUACAGUCCAGGAAUGUGGAUACCCUCCUUUUCUCUCCCCUUUAGCCACCUAGUUUGAUGGCCUGGAUAAAGCAGCCAUAGAAGCCUCUCUAGACUAGCUCCUUUCUUCCUUUUUUUUCUAUUUUCAUACUGGUGCCCAGGCACCAGCCACCAGAGCCUUCCGCAGCACAUCUCAUGGGCACUGUAGCAGUUGGGUUUGCUCUGUAGCAAAAUGCCUCUGUAUUGUGGGCUUUAUUCUCUCAGCUGUGUAAUCAGUGCUGCCAGAUGAUAUCACAAACGGGUGGGAGCUUGUUUUUCUAGAGGGGACAUUCACAAGUGCUUAUCAGCUACCCCUUCUUUGCCUCUUAGGGGUAAAGUAUCUCUGGUCUGGAAGGGUGAAGUUUAGCUCCCACAGUAUGCACUAGUUAAACUCCUGUUGCCUUGAGGAAAGGGAAGGAGGAGAAAGUAAGUGUUUCUACAGCCUGAAAUAAGCCUUACCUGUAAAAGAAACAAUUUUUGCUAUCUUUGUGCACAGGAAUGGGAUCUCUGAGGGCAACUGCACUUUUGUUGUUCUGCAUGGCUAGUACAUUACUCAUGGGCCCUCAGAUCAAGGAACAAGAGGAAGGGUUAAGGGUCAAAGCUCUGUUCACUUUGGAGAAGGGGAUUGGUUCCCUGUGCCAUUUUACCUCUGCAGUUCGGGUCCAGAUUGAAGCAGUCAUGAGAGUUUACAUGCAUCCUUUCAGGUGCUGGCCCAGUGGGUUUCGUAGCAGUGGGGAUCAUCUGCCCUGGGAGCAGCAGGCGAGCGGGAGAGCGGGGAGCUAGGAGAACACUGACAGAAGCAUGGUUAACACGCAAGGAGGACGUUCCUUUCCUCACCUAUUGCUAAGCCUUUCUGAUUACAGAUGCCUUUAAAAUGGAGGUGAGCAGAAAUGGGAGUUCCCCUGAAAGUUUUAGGAAAACUUCAAAAAAUUUCGGUAGAAAAUGUCAACCACAACAAAACCCAGAUAAUUUUGCUUAUAAUUUAGCAGAGUACAGUGUGCACCAAUUGACUUUUAGUUUUGGUUUCUCAAAUGAAAGCUACUUCAUGCCCAUCAGUUUCUCCCCAGAAAGGUUUCUCUGCCUGUCAGUGAUGUGCUCUGAGGUGAAGCAGCAAGCUACAAGUUCAGUGACCACCAGCUUCUUCAUCAGUUUGACCCUGGCCAACACACCUUUGCCUCUGCUCAGGAGUGGGCAGGAGCUGAACAGAGUAAUACAGGCACUAGUUUUUAGUCCUUUAUCCAUAGAUAAACAUAUUUUACAUGAACAGGUUGAAAACAGCUCUGAGGUUGAGCUGAGCUUAUGACUUGUCCUUCAAACUGUUGUUCAUCUUUCUGACUUCCAUUUUGUGUCCCCAUACCUUGUCUGGGCAAGUCUGUAAGCAACCCUGGGGACAAAGGCCAGAAUUUAGGGCAGCACUAAAUUUAUUGUGGGUGAAGAAACAAAAUCCUCUCCCAUUCCUCUUCAUCAGAGCCAGAAUCUCUCCCCGUACAUAGAGCAGGUUGUACACAGAGCCUGUUGUCUGCCAAGUCUGUCAGCUCAUGGAGUCAGGAACAGCACAAAGUGCUCAAGCUUUUAUAUUAUGGUUUUUUAAUCACUAAAAUUGCACUGUGAAAACUUGUUAUGUUUUUACAGAGUAUCAGGAAGUCUAGUUAUGUUAUUUUCUAAUGCACCCAGGAGUGCCACAGUGCUGCAGCACCGCAGAGCUAAUAGCAACAAGGCUUUUCUUUUACCUCCAGAUGUCCUUGAAGCUGCUGGCUUAUGUCGGAGAUGUAAUAUUCUCCAUCCUGCUCAUUUGUGGUUCCAGCUUGUCACAGCAACGUGUUCCUGAAGGAGACGUCCACUGAGGGACUGGUUUUGGUGACUGUUUUGGUUUUAUUUCAGCUGCUGCCAGGAUUUUACAUCAGUCAGAUAAAAUGUGAAUCUGUUGAACCUUACGGAUGUGCAGUGCUAGAGCGAAAGGCAAGACUGCUGCUAAUGUACAGAUUUGAACAGUGAACAGUAAAGGAAGUUAUUUUAUGUCCUUGAGGAAGGAUACAACACCUGGGGAGGAAAAAAAAAAAAAAAAGGCCGUUUGUGUUGGACUUCCCAUUUAGUAAGUAUAUUACAGUACUGGUCCAGUGAGGACGGGUGCAGGGAGUAGUAAUGCAGGCUGGGAGAGGCUGGGUGCUGGCUGAGAGCUCCUCCGGGGACAUCUGCUGGCAGCACGGCGACAGCACGGACGGGGCCGGCUCCCAGCAUCUCCUGGUCCCUCAACCCGAGGAGAGAUGAGAGGAGGGGCGCAGACAGCCGUGGGGAGGAGGAAGGAGGAGGGGAACCAGGGAGAUCAAAGUCCACGGGGCUUGCAAAAAUUGCACCUUUUAUUCCUAGAUGCUCGUAGGCAGGUAAAGAUUAAUUUUGCACACAUCCGUAAUAAUACAGGAAGAAGGAGGGUUGGGGGUUUGUGAUGGAGUGAUGGGAGAGGAGGUUACCAGAAACAAUCUCUGAGUGAGGUGUAGAGGAGUUGUGAAAAUGCUGAUGAAUUUACUUUUGCUGAGUUCUUAAGACGGUAUCUCAUGUCACUUUUUCCCCAUCAGUCAGCGAGGAAUCUUAGCACUUGCGUGACAUAAUUGUGAUUCUCCACUGCUUGCCUCUUUAGCAGUAGGAAGUAUUUUAUCAAUGGGAAAGGGGGAGGCCAAAGAAAUUAUGGUUGUCUGAGGUUUCUGGACUAGAAAUAAAGCUCAGGGAUUCUGUGUCCCAAGACCUUGCUCCUUAUGAUGGAUUGUACUGCCCCAUAUGUUUUAAAUCAGAUUAGAUCAAUUUGAACUGAGGUGUGAUGGAUGGAAUCUGACACACUUAGAGCUGAUACUAAAAUAACAGCAAUGUGCUGACCUCACAAGACAGCUGCUGUUUUGUGCCAAUAUUUAGUCUCACAGGAUCGUGGGUAGGACUUUCACACAUACUUCAGUGAGUAAAGAGCUCAAAGUCUAUCUGUUUACAUAGAUUCAAGCUCAGCUCAAUUGCUUUGGAAACCCCAUCCGCUGGCUUUACCCAAAGUAAAACUGGAGAGCAUGGAUGUAGUUCAACACCAGCAACCUCUGGAGGCAAACUGGGAUGUGGAGAACAAAGGCCAGCACCUCUGGGUUUUUAGACUCUUUGAAUAUUGCUGCUGUUCUGUUUCUUUUGUAGUAGUGGCUGCUCUACAGUGGUCUGUGAUACAACUCAAAAAUUCCUUCUGCAAUCACUGAUGCUGAGAACUGGUUCUAAAGGAAAAACAGUGCAUUUUGCAGCUCUAUAAAGAAAGAAUCACACAUAAGACAGAAACCGAGCUUGUUUAAAGGUAAAUGUAUUUUUAAUGUCACCAUUAAUCAUUGGCUUUUAAUUGGAAAAAGCUUUCUAAUGAGGUAUUUCUGAAAUGCCAGUAGUAGGACAGAAAAUAUAUGUUUCCGGGUACUUUACAACACAGAGCACAAAAUAUUCCCUAGGCCUGACUUAAGUAGCAAAAGUACCUUAAUUUUCAGUGAGCUUAAUAGAUACGUUAGUCACUGUCUCCUGACUCCCCCACAGUGUCUGUUUAGUUUGCAAAGAAAGCUAGAUUUAUGCAGCUUUUCUUUUGCUUACACUACUAAUGCUAACAGCACAUCCAAGUGUUAAACACAAAGCACUAAACAAUGUAAUUUUCUGCCUUAAAAUACAGAACAAAUGAUACUUUCCCGUUAAGGGCUAGUAAAACAAAAUGAUAUUUGCAAGGUAAGACGCUAUGGUACGUUUCCAAAUAUUUUUGUAUUGUGUACAUUCUGUAUAUUUUUGUUGUAACAAUAUUAUUUGAGCAUAAAAAUCCAUUAAAUUUCUUUUGUUGGUGU